CCUUUAAGACGUGAGAGCUCAACGAGUUACUUUAACACUCGCAGUCCUCUGUUUCUCUAAUAUAAUCUUUUUUUUUCCUCCAAUCAACAACCAAAGUUUGUACAUUUAUUUCUUAACACGAGUGACCUUCAAAGACUCUUUUUCCCCCAGAGAAUUUAGGGUUUGUUCAAGGGUUUGGAUAAGAAUCUGCUGACAUUUUAGGAAUCUCGAAACUUGUUGCGUUAGAUGGCAAUUGAUACCAUUCCAAGGAUAGAGAAGUUGCCUCAUUCCUUCAAGAUGCACUCUUCCAUGUGCUUAGAAUUGAACAACUUAGUUGAUAGGGUCAUGAGCAUCUUUCCUGAUAUAGAAAAUGCUCGACCUGGAUCCUCCUCAGGGAUACAGACUCUAUGUUUGCUCAACAAAGGUUUGGUGAAAGCUAAGCUGCUUCUUCAGUACUGCAGUGAAUCCAGUAAACUCUACAUGGCAGUAACAGGAGAUGCUAUACUCUCAAGAGGUUGUAGAGCAAAGAAGUUAUUAGAGCAGAGUUUAAGUGACAUCCGAAGCAUGGUACCGACCGUUUUGGCUAUAAAGAUAACUCAGGUAGUUCAAGAUCUAAGAUCAACUGUGCUAUCUCUAGAAUCAUCUGAAGAAGAAGAAGCUGGGAAAGCUGUUAGAGAACUGAUGAAACAGAGCACAUCUUCCUCUGAUGAGAUCAGAGUUUUUCAUUUUGCAGCGUUAAAGCUCCAGCUUUCAACUCCUGAGGCCAUCGUGAUUGAGAGAAGAUCCCUGAACUCGCUUUUCGUCAAGUGUGAAGGGGACAAGAGACAGGUUUUGAAGUAUCUUCUCUGUCUCCUGAAGAAGCAUGAGAAAAUUAUAGGGAGAGAUAACUCUUUCACACAUCUUGGGUCUGUGAAUGAUCCUGUGUGUGCUAGUGCUUCAGAAGCCGGGUGUUCUGAGGAGCAUAACAUUGACUUCUCCGUUGCUAGUUUUGGAAGCUCUCUGUGCAAUAUCCCUGAUCUCAGCUGCUUCUCUUGUACUGAUUUCAGCUCCAGCUUCACCACUGAUUCUCCAUCUUACUCUAAAAUGUCAAAGGGUGGUUACUUCAUGCCAAUGCAGACGAUCGUUUCUGAAUCAGGAACUGAAGUCACAGAUUCUACUCACAGCGAGGUGGACACUAAGCUUCCAUCAGGCUCUCUAACUUCCCUUCUGAAGAUUGCAGAGUCUGGAGCAGAACAUCUCCAGGAACAAGCUAUGAACACACUCAAGAACCUCUCCUUGAGCAAUGAGAUUUGUCUAGAAAUGGUUUCUCUCGGUUUCAUCCAGAAGCUCACAUCUUUCUUGCAACAAAACUUGUUCAGCAAGCACUCAAUCAUCAUUCUGAGUAAUCUCUGCAACGAGGAGAGAGGACGGGGUUGCAUAACCGAAACACCUGGUUGUUUAGCUUCAGUAGCUGAACUACUAGACUCAGAUGUUGGAGAGGAGAAAGAGAAUGCAAUCUCCAUCCUCUUACAGCUCUGUGUGGAGAAGAUAGAGUAUUGCAAACUUGUCGUGAGAGAAGGCGUUGAUAUUUACUCGUCUCUUCUCUUGAUAUCCAACAAUGGAACUGAUGAAGCCAAGGUGGGUGCAUCAGAGUUGCUCAGAGCUCUUGAAGAAGUAGAUUCCAACAGAGAAGAAGAAGAGUCUUCCACACCAGAAGGUGCAACUACUUCACAGGUUGUUGUUGUUACUCCAGUUAAGCAUCAGGAACCGAAGAAGUCUGGUCUUCUUGGGCUCAGAUUCCCAUUCUCAAGAAGAUUUAAAAGUUUGAUAAAAGCAUAAGUUUUGUGUUAGGCCGCUGAAGUCUCUUUUUUUUUUUGUCUUGUCUGGUUCUCUUUGUUGACUUAGGUUUUGUAUAUACUGAUACCAGCCCAAAUGGAGUCCAGUUAUGUAAUUGUAAUUUGAUAGGACAAUAGUUUGCAAAAUUUUGUAAAAUUAAAUAAUUAAAAAUGGUUUCCUCUGUC